GAAGAAGAAGUGGCGCACACAAUGCACUGCACAACUGGCAGGGGUUGUCUCUCAGAUUUUCGCGAUAAAUUUCCAAUUGAGUGGAAACUUGUAAAAAAAAAGGCAGCAGCGGAGCUGUUUUGUUUUCCUCGGUAUCCAACCGCACACUGGAUUUACUGAAAAGAGCCGCUGUCCCGGAACGUCGACGAGUGCUCGAACUUCUCUGAUCAACAUUGGAUUACACAGUGGGGCUGGACACAGAAGCUGCCCAGCCCGACGGCAGCUCGGCCGACACCCUCAUUUAUGGAAAUCGACCCCGAGGCUUUGAUAUGCGGGCCUUAUAAUUUUUCUUUAUGAUGGGGGCGGAACGAAAGAUGAGUUGCGUAUGAAUAAGUAACAGGUCGUUACUCCACGGGUGAUUAGUUGCGAAAAGGCUGUUGUAUUAAUCCCCGUUUCCUUUAAAGAAAGUCGCCGGUUGCUUUUGGUUUAGGUGGCUAUUAGCUGGAUUGGCUAACGUUAGCUAGCCAAAUCGCUAACGUUACGUCUUUCUUUUGAUGAAAUUCUACCAUUAGUGUCGGCCGUCAGCACUUCGGUACGAGAAAUAAUUCACCUUAUUACUACGGAAUAUUAACUAUUUCGUAUGGUGUCUGGUUUGCUUGCGUUUAUCGACGUGUUUUAAACAGGCGGACUUAUUUUUAGUUUGCUGUCUGAAUAUAUUGUGAUGAUUUGAGUUAGCUGUAUGCUAUCAUAAGCUAAUUGGCUGUAAUCAACACUGACCUGACAUUAGCUCGCUAAUGUCAGUUCCUGCUUUAUCUCAGCGAGAUAACCCACUUUAGUACUUAAAUGUAAACAAGUUGCCACCAUUAAAAUUUCACAGGAACACAAAAUCGUGUUAAUGUUAGCUAUGUGGUUGUAGGUGACUGGCUAACGUUAUCGUUUUGCUAAGAGGCAAAUACAUAUGUCAACCUGAGUAGAAAUUCUAAAAUUCUACAGAUUACAGUCGUAUUGAGCACUGGGGAUAUUGGAAUGAUUUUCACGUUAACGUAAGCGUCGCGGUGAUUUGUCUUUUCUUCGGUAAGGCGGUUAAUUUUUUUGUUGUUUACAUACGCAUAACUUAUUUUAGCGAAUGCCUCGCUAGCUAAUGUUAGCCUUCUUUGAGACGCACUCGGCUAUGUCUUGACAUUUGUGCAUGUGAUUGUGUUACAUAUUCCCAUGUGAAUUUACGUUCACAUUCAGAUGCUUUGAAAUGACACUAAAAUUUCGCCGGAAGAAAGGCACUGAUGCCAAUAGACUGUUGUCAAAGGACGAUAAAUAAUAGCCACUUGUUCUCUUUACGCCAUUUUAACGGAGGGCCUGUUAGGUGGUUGUUCAUUUGCGGUUCGGUGCCUUCUGCCGGCCUGAGACUUGAGUAAAGUGCCUUUGGUUCUCAUUGGAGUUACAGUAAGGAGAUACCGUGUGGACAUGGAGGGUCCGAGCCGAGGCACUGGGUUCAGGCAGAGCCGGAGGUCCCGUUCGCAGCGCGACAGGGAGCGGCGGCGGAGGACAGUGGACCUGGCGGAGCAGACUGCCACGUCCCUGUCCUCAGGCUCCGAGAGAGAGGCUUGUGGGACAAACAGCGUCUUGGGUCCCGGAGGGAGAGAGUGCCGACCCGGGUUCGGUAGGCACAGACCUCCACGCCGGAGGAAAAGAGAGUCCGUGUCCUGCGAAGAAGACAUCAUUGAUGGCUUCGCUAUUGCGAGCUUCAUCAGCUUGGAAGCACUCGAGAUGGACUGCACUCUCAAACCCAAUCAGCGCACUGAUAUGCUGGGAAGGAGGAACAAGGGGAAGAGGGGGCCAGAUGAGAAUGGUGGAGGGCCACUUUCAGAGCCUGAGGAAGGAGUUCCACACAGCUAUUCCAGCACAUGUUGUAACAAGAGUAGAAAUAAGAGAAGAAAGAUUGAUGAAAAGGGGCUGCCUUUGGAGACUGGCUACAUUUGUGAUACUGAGAGUGAUUCGGGAGGCAAGGCCUCUGACAAUGACAUGGAUCCAGUGUUCACAGUCAGUACAAGAAAAGUUGCAGAACCUGUCCCAUCCAGCAAUGAGCACAUCUAUGAGCAAAGUUGUCCUCCUUUACCCACCCGUUCUGGCGGUGUGUCACGGUUGAUGGUGACAAGAGUAUCUGGUCUGGAGAGGAGUUCAGGAAAAAAGACUGGAGCCACAUUACCCGAGCCCGUUUCUUCUACCUCUUCGGCAUCCUUCUCCUGCCUGCCUUCCCACUCAACAGUAACGGCCUCAGCUACAGUCACCAGGUCUAACCAGCUCAAUGGUAGUAGCAGCCGCCACAACGCCAGCCCCCCACUAUCCAAACCCAAACCCUUCCUUACUUUGCCUGGACGACCUUCUAUGUAUAACAUCAGCAACAGGAGCAGCACUUCUCUCAAACCCUCAUCUUCGGCUUCAUCUGCUGCAUCUUCCUCCUCCUCUAUGCGUCCCCCCACUCCCUCCACAAGUGUGUCGCUGUCCACCAUCAGGGGCUCGGGAUCUACGGGGCCGCACCGGCCACCGUCAAGAGCCAGCUCUGGAGCCCUGUUCACCUCUUCACCUGGUUUACCGCCACCUCCACCUCUGCUGCAAGUCUCUGCUCACUCAACAGCACCAGACCACGAUUUGCUGCGUCAAAAUUUAAAUUCCCACUUCUUAAAUUCACAAGAACGUGAAGGCAGGCGCAGCCUCCCAGGGGCCGAAAAUAAUGCAGCAGGAGCAGGCCGUUCUACUCCUGGCGGUCCGUCAGCUUCAAGUUCCACAUCAAGUUCUUCAGGCAGGACAUCCCAGAACCAGCCAAGCAUCCAACCCAUGGCCUUCCAGUUUCAUCAUCACAACCACCAGCACCAACACACGCACACGCACCAACACUUCACGCCCUUCCUGCACCCCACAGCUACUGCACCACCGCUGUUUGAUAAAUAUGCAGGCAAAAUGGACGGGCUGUAUCGACAUACUUUCUUUCCACAGUACCCACCACCCUCAGUGCCGAGUAUCCAGCCUGUGAUUCCUCCUACUGGGCCUUUUAGCUCCCUGCAGGGAGCGUUUCAGCCAAAGCCUAUUGUCCCUCAGGGAACGGGUCCUGAUAUGACUGCACGACUUGGGGUUGUGCCUCAUCACCUGCAGCCAAAAGACCCCAGGUUAACUGAUCCAUUUGGGACAUCGUUGAAAAUCAGUAAUAAACCAGGAAAAUGGUGUGCUAUGCAUGUAUAUGUGGCCUGGAUGAUUCUGAGUCAUCAGAAAAAAGUAAAGUUGAUGCAGGGUGAUCCCCACAAGCUAGACUUCCGGACUGACCUGCUGGCCCGUCUUCCUGGAGCUGGCGGAUUGGGACCACUGGGGCACCUUGGAGGUGCCCUGCCUCCAACCCAUGACUUGACCAGACCUGCCAGUCUGUUUUCAGCUACAGGUGCAGUCAAUCCAUCCUCAGCACCUUUCCUGUCUCCAUCAGCACCGCACUCUUCUUUCCUUGGACCAACUGCACACUUGGAUCCAUAUGGCCGCUCCCCGCCAUUCACCCCACUGGCAGCCCUGGGUUCUGGUGCCUUUGGAGGACUUGGCAGCCCAACACUAAGUGGCUCCAUGUUUGGCCCUAAAGACCCACCAACCAGUGUGGUUGGGGGCUUGUCCACCCCCAACCACCACGAUCCAUGGAACCGCCUGCAUGGUGGUCCCUCUGGAUUCCCCGCUGGCCCCAGCUGGGCUAAAGGAGCAGAAAGAAGGGAUGAGAGGGAUCGAGGGAAGGAUACAGAGAGGAGAGAAAUUCCUCACAUUAAGGAUGAAAAGGACAGAGACAAUAUACUGUAUGGCCGCCAACCUGUAAGGAUGUCUCCUGUUGCACCUGCCUUUAAGCCCCGCAGUAGCACCCCAGUCUCCCACCUUAAUGGCCACAUCAGUGCUCUAGGAGGGAGCAGCGGCCCCAUUGAGGACCUGACACGCAGCCUAAAUAGGGACAGAGACCGUGAUCGAGACAGAGAUGGGGACAAAAGGCUGCUGCCAGCAAUAUCUUCAAGGGGGCCUCCUCUUGGCUCUUCAUCUGUAAUAGCAGACAGGGACAGACCGCGGUCUUCCUCAUCCUCUGUGCUCACAACUCCGCCACCUUCAAACCCUUCAGCCCCAUCUCCUUUGGACCUGUAUUCCCGCCCACUGGCCACAACAGCGCAUAGUCUCCACAGUGAACCCUCACACUCCCAAAGAGACAGCAACCCCACAUCAUCUUCAGCAGCUUCUGCCACUGUCACUUCUUUGUCUCAGGGCAAGAAGUCUGAUCGAACCACAACCCCUGUCAACAGACCUCCCCAUCUCCUCCCACCAGUUAAAGUCAAAGAAGAGCGGAAAGAGGAGCCAGAGCAUAUCCCUAUCACGCUACAGGCUCCACCAGCGACUAACCACAGCUUUGAUCGCCCUAACAGCCACCCCCACCACCCUAGUUCUGGCACUCCUUCCUCUUCAUCUCUUUCGUUGACUCCGACUCCUGGUCUUCCAGUCCCACCACCCAAUUCAAACCCUCCUUCCCAUCAACACCUGUCACUUCUGGAGCGCACAAGGGCCAUUGAUGCAUAUCUGGGCACCACAGCAGGUCCUGGGACAUUGGUAAUGGGGCCAGGAGAACGUUUCCCCCAUGUUCCUGCCCAGGCUCCAUCACAGGGUCCACACAGCUUCACCUGGGACCCAUGGAGGGAGCUGGCAGCUCAGCAGCAACAACAACAGCGUAGAGAGGCUUUGGCACUUCGAUCAGACCCUCACCUAGCAUUACGCUCUGAUCCACACCUGGCCCGGCUACUUCAGCAUCAACAUGCUCAGCGCCUCCUAGAGGCAGAGAAGGCUGCAGCUGUAGCUGCUGCAGCUGCAGCAGCAGCCGCCCCUCACCACCCUACAACAUCUACCUCUACUGCCUCCAACACUGCUAUCCGCCAGGAUUUUGGCCUCAUGGCUCAUCACUUUGACCGCCCUCCUCAGAUUGGACAACCAGGAGGUGGAUUGAUCGAUGAGGACCAGCGUGCCCAGAUCUUGAGGGAAGACUUUGAGCGUGCUCGCUACUUUGGUAUGCACCCACAUCUCCCCACUGGUUCUCACCUCUCAAGCCCCUCUCAUGCUGCAACUGCCACUCACCUAGAGCAGCUCCAUCCUGGUCUUCUUUCCCACCCACUCCCUCCUGGAGCCUCUGCUGCUGCCCAGCAUCACACAGGCCUCUACUCCCGUCUAGGUCCGCUGAAUCCACACCACAUGCCCAAUGGCAUCCUUGGAAAGACCCCUGCAAGCUUGGUGGGCGCUCUGUCAGUUGGGGCACCACCUCCUCUCAUUCCAUCCAUGACCAGCCGAUCAUCCACCCCUCCCCGCAGUUCUAGACUGGGAGGACCUGCUGAAUUGGCACUGUAUAAUGCCCACAAAGAUGGGGAGUCCAGAUAGUACAGGGACAACACUGGAGGAGAUUAAGGGAAAUGUCAGGAUCACUGUGCUGCUCUCACCCUGCCCCCGGCACUUUUUCUCUUGCAAACGACUGAACCCUGUCCUCCCAGUUACAGAGUGAAGUCAGUUCCAGCCCCCCCUCAAACAGGGCAAACCAUAACUGGCUGGAGAUGAUGGUAGCAAGGGAAAUGCAAAGCUGAUCAGUGUGACUUGCAACAUGCUCAAUGGAUUUAUUGGUGCAAUUUAAAAGGUACAUGGUUUCUGUACAUCUUUGGUGUAUUUUUAUUUGAUACUAAGUACACGAGCUAAGGAGAGGCAGAAGACCGUACCCCCCCCCCCACCCCGCAUUUCUCAGAUGGACGGUGAACCAUGCUUCUGCACAAGUCUUUUCAGAAUGAAUUGAAAUUAACUUUCAGAGAUACAAACCCUGAAGUCAUGUCAGGGGUUCAUUCUGUUUAACUCAUGGGAUAGUAUAAAGCCCUCUACGUAACUCAAACCUGAGCGUGUAUUAGAAUGAGGGUUUAUUACAAAAUGAAAAAAAAUGUGGUGCUUCCUGUUCUGUGUUUCAUUGUGAAAAGUUAAUAGAUUAUGGAUGAAACAUCUAAAGAGUAAACAUUCUGUACCUCAGUUCCUUGCAUUACCACAAUAUCUAGUUACAAACAUCCAGCUUCUUUUCUCCACUUCUGUAUUUCUUUCACUUUUUUUUUUAACCCCACUUCUUCUUUCAAAGUAUGAAGGGUGAAAUGAAAUGUGUGCUACACUGUGUUACAUGGCGUGAGUGGACAUGGGAUUUUGGAGCUUCCUGUAACUGUUCCCCAUUCUCCUCUGAUUAUACGAGCAGGACCAGAUUAUAGUAGUAUAGAAAAAUGCCUUUGUAAUUAUUAUUCGUAACAUUAAUGAUCUAUCAUAAUAAAUAUAUUCACUGUUACGUUGUCAUUGUUUCGGGUAAAAAAAAAAUGGUGGGGAGGUUAAAACAAAAAAACAAAGAAAAAAACCCCUCCCUGUGUAGUAAUGUUUUAUUUUAGGCAUAAAGCUUGCUUCACAGAGAACUUUUAAAUGUUUGUGAAAACAGCUGAAUCCAUUACAGCCAUGGCCUCUUCAACUUCUGAUGACGACUAUGCUGAGAGGUUUACCUGUUUUUGUUGCUGGUUAUGUGAUCCAUCCAUUUUGGAACUAUGGGAACCUUGUACAUUGAACUGAAGUUGUUUCAACAACAGUAAAGGUAUAUACACAAAUAUGUGGAACAGCUGAACUGAAAAAUGUGUAAGGACUUCUGUCAAAGGACAGCUAGACGUUGGGUGUACUGAGAGGGAAAAGACUGGGUCGAUUAUUUUAAUAUGACCAUUUUAUACCUUUCAAACCCAAGAGACCACAAAGAUUAAUUAUUAAAUGAAUUGUUGUUUAA